AUGUCGUCGCAAAUCUUGCGCAAGUUGCAGGGAGGCAACCUCGAGGUCUUCAAGUUUGGCAUGUACGUCCUCUUCCCCAUCGGCUGGAUGUACUAUUUCGGUACCAACCUCGACAACCGCUUCUCCACAAAGGGAUUCUGGCCCACUGCCGAGCAAUCGCACAAGAUCCCGUUGGAUAAGGAGGAGAUUGACCAGGAAUUGACACGUAUGCGCAUGGUGGAUGCCAUGAAGCGGGAGCAGAGACAAGCGGCGGAGACACAGGCACAGAUCCAAGCCACGCCGAGUCAGCAAUGA